CGUUAGUAGUAACGGUCACAUUUCAAAGCUCCAGACCCGCGAAUUGCUUCAUCUGCUGCUUUCGACUGAAAGAAGAAAACAAGACUUCCCAAGGUAUGAAAAAGAUGUACGGUUCAAUCGGAAACUACGUUCCAAUAAGUGACCUAAACAUAAACAUCACACACUCGAAGGUGGUCGGAGUUAUAAUUGGGAAAACUGAUUCAAGAGGAUUUCCAGACCGGAAAAAUGCUGGCUCUGAAAGGUUUACUUUCAGCUUUACCAUCAAAGAUUCCCCAGAACAUUUUAUCAAUGUGUCUGCAUGGGGAAAUGAGGAAUAUGUCCAAGGACUGAGCAGUCGCUUUCAGAUUGGGGAUUGUGUUGUAAUUGAAAAUCCCCUCGUAGUGACCAAAGACUAUGAGAAAGAAGAAAGAUUUUGCCCUUCAACACCCAGUACCUACAGGCUGUUGGUAACAGAGACUCACUCAAACAUUAGGAUAUGCUCAGAUUUAGAAACAGAGGCCAGGAUUCUGCCACUAUUCCACAUGCCAAUUAAAGACUCAAGGGACUUCUAUUCAUUGGGAGACAUUACUGCAAAUGGAGAGAGUCUGAAUGGACACAUCAUUAACAUUCUAGCAGCAGUGCAGUCGAUUGGAGAGGAGAAAUUCUUUACCAAAUCUGAUGGACGCAAAGGACAGAGGCUAGAAAUAAAGCUCUUUGAUGACACUGGGAAAUCAUUCCCUUUUGUGUGCUGGGAUAAAGAGACUAUUAGGCUGGUACAAACACUGACACAAAGAGAAACAGUGCUGUUUAUUGCAGAUGCCCGCAUCACUUUUGACAGCUUUCGCAGCUGUAUGACAGCAACAGCCACCUCAAAGACAAUCAUUACCCUCAACCCUGAUACAGCAGAAGCCAACCAGCUGUACACAUGUAUCAGGGAACUGCUAGAAGCUGGAGGACUGGAUGACCAAGACAUCCUCUCAGGUGACGAUGUGCAAUUGGAUUCCAUUAGUGAUGUUCUGACUGUGGAAAAGCUUAAAGCCAGAAGUCAAGAACAUGCUGAGGUCCUUCACUGCAUAAUAUUUGGAUUCAUCACAAGUCUGGAACUAAAUUCCUCCAUCUCAAAGGUCAUACGCAAGAGAUGUGCCAAAUGCAAAUUUCGAAUCAAUGAGGAGAGUCAGACAUGUUCCAAUGAUGCCUGUCCAAAUCAAGGACAACAGCUCCAGGCCACUGAAGGCUUUGACCUGCUGGUGGACAUCAGUGAUCACACUGGGACUGUGCAGUCGUGCAGCCUGGCAGGCACAGUGGCUGAGAAAACCCUGGGCUGUAAAACAGAAGAGUUUUUGCGUCUGUCGGAGUCUCAAAGGAUGACUCUGAAGUGGCAGUUUCUUCUGGAGAGAUGCAAAAUCUAUCUAAAGGUUUUUCCAUCUACUAGAAGCAGAAGUGGAAUGAGGGCAAGCAUUUUGUCAUGUGCACUCGCUGACCCCGUUGAAGUGAAGCAAAACUUUGCCUCCUUUGUGGUUUGAUGCAACACAGCAACCAAAACAGCAUUGUUCCUCAUGUGAAAACAAAUUGAAUGUAGGCCUUCUUGUGUUUAAGUUCACCUUGCUUCAAAUCCAUAUAUUGUGAAUAAUAUAUAUAUAUAUUUGAAAAUUUGUUCCAAUGCCCCAUUUGAUCUCAUUGUGUUGUAAUUGAUCUCUGUAAAGAAUUUAUUUCCAUAAUUGUAUCCAAAUAUGUUUGCAUCAAACUGAUUUUUCUUAACUGUUUUAACAAAUAAAUACGUUAAAUAUUGAACACUG